GGAACGACAAAGCCAGAGCGAAGAGACAAUUUCUCCCUCCAGUCUGCACUGUCACAUUUCUUCUCGAAGUGAACUGAGAUGCGUACAGUAGGUCGCUUUCCAUCGGUCACUCUUGGAUUUGGGGAUGACACAGAGAAAGAAAAAGACCCACCAAAGGAAAACACAGUAAAAAAACAAAAUGCAUGGCUGCGUAAGUUCUGCCCGUGCUGCCGUCACGCCGAUGAUGAGAUCACAGACACUGAAAUCACAGGGGUUGAUGACGGGGAUAAGGAUGAAGGAGAAAAGAAACCUGUGACUGGUGACAAAGAGCUUGAAGAACUCCUUCUAAAAGUGAAAUCAAUAGACCUCAUGAAAAGCAAAUCAGGGGAGAAUCGCACUGAGCAUCACACACAUCCCUACAACAGUGAUCAUUUAAUCAUCCGCAGAGGGCAGAGCUUCCAGAUGUGGAUAACCUUGUCCCGACCUUUCAACCCCAGCUCUGAUGAGAUUCAUCUGGACUUUAAAACAGGGCCACUGCCAGCAGUGGCAAAGGGAACUCAUAUAAUCAUCCCACUGGUGAAGACAUUGGAGGGCAAUGGCUGGGAGGCUGCUGUUGUGAAACAGGAGGACAAAAAGAUAAAGCUGGUAGUGAAUUCUCCACCCACAGCAGUCAUUGGCCGAUACCAACUCACGGUGGAAACAAAUAAUAAUCACGGCCGGUCCAUUUCCACACCUGACCCUGCCAAUGACAUCUACAUGUUGUUCAACCCCUGGUGUGCAGAUGACACUGUGUUCAUGGAUUCUGAAGAUGAAAGGCAGGAGUACAUCCUAAAUGACACUGGACGAAUCUACUAUGGCACAAAGGACCAAAUUGGAGCGAGGACAUGGAACUACGGACAGUUUGAUGAUGGGAUUCUUGCUGCUUGCCUCUUUGUCAUGGAAAAGAGUGGAACUGCUCCAUCUGGUUGGGGUGACCCAGUUAAUGUCGCUCGAAUCUUCUCAGGAAUGGUAAACUCCCCUGAUGACCACGGUGUUUUGGAGGGAAACUGGUCAGGAGAUUAUUCAAAUGGAACUUCUCCAACGGUGUGGAGUGGAAGUGUAGAAAUCCUCAAGGAAUACCAUAAAAAGAGUGGAACUCCAGUUAAAUAUGGCCAGUGCUGGGUCUUUGCUGGUUUGGUCACGACAGUUUCACGGUGUUUAGGUAUUCCCUGCCGACCUGUGACCAACUUCAGCUCGGCUCAUGACACAGACGUCUCACUGACAACAGAUGUAUACCUGGAUGAGAACCUGGAGCCUAUAGACCACCUCAAUAUGGACUCAAUCUGGAACUUCCAUGUGUGGAACGACUGCUGGAUGGCUCGUCCAGACUUACCUUCUGGCAAUGGAGGCUGGCAGGCUGUUGACGCCACACCUCAAGAGACCAGCCAGGGCACCUACUGCUGUGGCCCCACUUCUCUUGCUGCUGUCCUCUACGGUCAGGUCUUCUUCAAAUAUGACACGCCUUUUGUGUUCGCUGAGGUGAACAGUGAUAAAAUCUACUGGCAGAAGAAGGCAGAUGGGACCUUCAGCCAAAUAUACAGUGAGAAAAAUGUUGUGGGCCAUUCCAUCAGCACCAAAGCUGUUGGCUCUGAUGAACGCAGCGAUAUCACACACCUUUACAAACAUCUUGAAGGCUCAGAAGCAGAACGCAUUGCUGUAGAAACAGCAUGUAGCUACGGCUCCAAAGCAAAAACAUAUUCACCUCCUACAGCACAAGAUGUCUCUUUAGAAGUGACCGUGGAUGGUGAGGGUCCUAUAAUGGGAAAUGAUGCAGAGCUGAAAAUCACAUUGAGAAACAGCAGUUCAGAGCAGCGCAGUGUCACUCUGCAGAGCCAGGUGUCAGUCAUGUACUACACAGGUGUCAACAAGGCUACAAUCAGAACCGACACAACAGAUGUAGAAAUACUUCCCAAUGAAGAUAAGAUUCUGGAGUGGGCCCUGGACUACAAAACCUACAAGGACAAACUGACUGAUCAGGCUGCCCUGAUGCUUAUAGUAACAGGCAGAGUCAAAGUAACACGACAGAUCCUUGCUACCCAGUUCAGUUUCCGACUCAGGACCCCUGACCUCAUCAUAAAGCCAAUCGGGAAGGCCGUGGUAGGACAGAAGAUGUCAGUAGAGAUUUCAUUUACUAACCCACUGCCACAAGUGCUGACAGCAGUGAUCUUCAGUGUGGAAGGACUGGGCCUUCUGAAUGCUCGAAAGAUAAAUUAUGGAGAUAUUGGCAGCCACGCCUCUGUGUCUCUCACUGAGCAGUUUGUCCCCACCCUUUCUGGAACAAGAAAAUUAUUAGCUUCACUGCACUGCAAGCAGCUCACACAGGUCCAUGGUGUGAGUGACAUCGUUGUGGAGGAGAAAAGCAACGCCCCUGUACAGUGAUUAGAAAAUAGAACCACUGAGACUAAAUGCUGACAGUUGUUUCCUUUAUACAGGCAUUGAUUAUGUUGAUUAUUUUUUCAUAUAUAUAUAUAUAUAUAAUUUUUUUUUCCUUCUGUAUGAUAAGCCAGUAUUUAUUUUCACAAAGCACAGUAAUGAUUUAUUUGGAAAUUACACCAUUUAAUAGCAUGAUGGUGUUUGUGGGAUGUUACAGAAAAUAGACUGUUUUUACUGUAUGAAAACUAGUAAUAA